GCUGAGCAGGAAAGAGCUAGGAGGAGAAGAGCUGCUGUUUUAUUAUUUUACAGGUGGUUUAUCGCAACAGCACCUCUGAGACUGCGCGGAGCGAACAGAAAGUAAAUAACAGAAACAAGCCUGCCUUUUUAAUAUUAUUUUUAAGGUCGGCGCGUGUGAAGAAGAGGUAGAAAACCCAUAUGAGGAUUUGCUGUUGUGACAGUUUUCAGCUGCUCCGGUUUGGAGCAAAUAAGUGCGCGUCGCUCUCACUGUUUCUUGGCUUCGUGUCCACCUGGAGUUGUAUGACUCGAAGAGUUGGUUAGACUCAACCGCCGACAUGAGAGCUCAAAUAGAGGUGAUUCCCUGUAAAAUCUGUGGGGACAAAUCAUCAGGGAUUCACUAUGGUGUCAUCACCUGUGAAGGCUGCAAGGGUUUCUUCCGACGCAGCCAACAGAACAACGCAAUGUACUCCUGCUCACGACAGAGGAACUGUCUAAUUGACCGGACCAAUCGUAACCGCUGUCAGCACUGCAGGUUGCAGAAGUGUCUCGCUCUGGGCAUGAGCCGUGAUGCGGUGAAGUUUGGUCGAAUGUCCAAAAAGCAGCGUGACAGCUUGUAUGCAGAGGUUCAGAAGCACCAGCAGGCCCAGGAGUGUGCAGGCAUUGGUGCCCAUGAGGAGAAUAGUGACAUGGCCGACCUCAGCCGCCCCUACAGAAGAGGCUCCAGCACUGCGCUCAGUGAUCUGGAUGACAUUACCACGUUGCCGGAAGGCCUGCUUUUCGACCUGCCGCUGACCCCAGAGGAUGCAGGUGGAGAGUACUGUAACCUGGACUUACUGGGUGGCAGUGCAGGCAGCAGCUCGUCCUCUCAGAGUUCACCAGAACAGACCAACUUGGACUUUGUAGACGGCAACCACAGCAUCAAGCAUGAGUACCAGCUGUUACAUGACUCUGGACUCUUCUCACAUGCUAUCCUGAACCCACUGCCCGGGGGCUGCUCCCUGCUUGAGAUAGAGCGUAUAACCCAGAGUGUGGUCAAGUCCCAUAUUGAGACGAGCCAGUACAGCACAGAGGAGCUAAAGAGAAUGGCGUGGACCUUGUAUAGCCCAGAGGAGACACGCUCAUACCAGACCAAGUCAGCUGAGGUGAUGUGGCAACAAUGUGCCAUUCACAUCACCAAUGCCAUCCAGUAUGUGGUAGAGUUUGCCAAGCGCAUCUCUGGCUUCAUGGACCUGUGUCAGAACGAUCAGAUUAUCCUCCUCAAAGCAGGCUGCAUGGAUGUUCUUCUGAUCCGUAUGUGUCGGGCUUACAACCCCAUCAACAAUACAUUGCUCUUUGAUGGAAAAUUUGCCACCGCCCAGCUUUUCAAAGCUCUCGGCUGUGAUGACCUUGUGAAUGCAGUGUUUGACUUGGCUAAAAGCCUGAGCCGUAUACAGAUGUCAGAGGAAGAGAUGGCUCUUUUCAGUGCUGCUGUGCUCCUCUCACCAGACCGACCCUGGCUCACAGAUGUCCAAAAGAUACAGAAAUUGCAGGACAAAGUCUAUGUGGCUCUGCAGCGCUGUCUACAAAAAGAGGGAGCGUCGGAAGACAAACUAGCUAAGAUGGUGUCGAAGCUUCCUAUAAUGAAGUCCAUUUGCAACCUUCACAUCGACAAACUGGAGUUUUUCCGUCUGGUUCACCCUGAAACAGCAUAUACCUUUCCUCCUCUGUAUAGGGAGGUUUUUGGGAGUGAAAUCACCUUCCCAGAUUCCACGGAGGGCUAGCACCACUUAGCUAAAUAGCUUGAUUCAAAUAGAAACACUGAGGUUUAGGGAGGGGGGAGAUAAAAAAAAUGUGGCAACCAGCUGAGGCAAAAUCAACCAGCAGCUCAAUGACAAUCCUGCACGCUACACUUUAGGACACACUCCUCUCACCUCUGAACUCCCAACCUUGUGGAGUAGCUUACACUGCCCUGCAAGGCGGUCCUUUCAGCUUCAACAUAACACCACAGGAACUCCUGCUGGGUGCUCAGUGCAUGUUACCUCUUUUUUAGGGAGUUAAAGAAAAGAUUAAAUAGAAGCCUACAUAAAAAAAUAUUUUUCUAUGAGGAGACCUUAAACCUCUUAUCAAGCUGAAUUCCUUUAUAAUAUAAAUUUGACUUUUAUCGUUCUCACAGUUCCUGUAAGCUAUUUUUGAAUGUACCCCCUUUUCCCUUUACCGUUCAGCACAGCCCUAGGCUUGAUGUAGAAUGUACAUACUUAAAAUCCUCACCCACUUUGUGGAGGUUUGCAGUAACGAUGCCUGUUUCAGUUGUCAGUCUAGUAACGGUUUAUUGUUCAACAUUUUUGGUAGUGCCCAUAUUUUGCAGUUUUGUAACAUAUGAACAAACUGUUUAAAGGGACCAUGAUCAAACUCACAAGCAGACAGGGUUUUUAAACUGUGUGAAUCAUGGGCAAACAUUCAGUGUCUGCUGCCAUGCACCUACAAACGCUUGCACACAGAGCACAAAACAUAGCACUUAUGCUGAUCUUUGUAGGUAUUUUUACGAGCACACCCUCAGACACUGAUGUGAGCUCUUUAUUUUUUUUUAAUGCAAUCAAUGACCUCAGUCCUAAUACCUUUUCCCUUUGCAAAUGCCACUUAGAGUGAGAGUGAGAGAAUCACAGAGGUGUUGUGAAAGUAUUUUCAGAUGUUCCUUUUUUUACAUAUAUAUAUAUAUAAACAUAGAUAUAUAUAUAUAUAUAUAUAUAUAGUAAUACCUAUAUUAUCAUGUAACAUAAGAGCAGUUGUGAAUUCAUACAGAGUGAAGAGGAGGAGGGUAAUGUUGUUUUUGUGCUUGGGUCUCUCAAACAGAUACUGCCUGCCCAUACUUUGUGGUUCUGGGAUGAAAAGAUUGUUGUCAUUGAAAAGAAAAUCUACUGGAUAAUUAGCACUUAUGAGUCCUUGUUAGAAUCCAAAAUGAACUCUUGGCACAAUAUUUUACGGGUUCGCACUCAGACUGCCAUCUGUGAAACUUAAUGUUAAGCCAGUCAGAAAUGCUAGAUACACCCUCCUACUGUAAACAAGUUGUAUGAACAAGGUGCUGGGCAGCCGACCACUGUGGGGUUAUGUGCUCUGAUGGAGGAGCAUCUGGACUGUCACACCACAGCCUCCUCCAAAGAAGAGUGUCUUCGGGCAUCCUGAAAAAAAAGUGUUUGACGUUGAAAUGUGACAGUUAACUACAUCAACACCCACAUGGUUGAAUAAGGGGCAAAAAAUACAGAGUGGACAGGUGGGUGAUGGUGUUAUUUAAGCUCCUUAGACAUCAGUUAGAGGGAUUCACCGUCAGUCUCAGCUCUCACUGCUUUGGGGUCAGGCAGAUUGUGCUGUCACAGACAGCCAAGAUGUUAUGAUUGGAGAAUUAAAUUCUCUGUUCCUUAUUUCCUACUCCCUUACUACCUCACCCUCUUCAAACACUACAUGGCACAGAAAAGGGUUGACAGAGCCAUCAGCUACCCCCCUGAGUUAGUAUUUCUGCGUUUAUACUAAGAAGCUUCUUUAAAAAUAUUACAAUUAGUGGUGAAAUUUGAAGGCCAGUGAUGACCAAACUAUCCUUAAAAUAAUGCAUAAUUUUGCUCUUAACUGGACAGAAGACAAAAGCAAACUGAAAUGCUGGAUCUACUUAUACUAAGGACACCCUCUCUGACUGUUUCUGUCAUGAGAGCAGUUCAAGCCUUAAGGCACAGGAAGCCCUACAUAGAUACAGAUCUAUCUGAAGUAAAGUCUCUGGAGGUACAUGAGGGUGUGGUCAGAUUAAACCUUUAUCUUCAAAGUAGGGCAACAUAUUGUGUUUCUGUAAAACUACAUUGUCUUAUCAGUAUACUGAAGAAGCUAUGAUAAAAGGAUAGUUUUAAUCUAAGAAGUCACUGGUGUUAAUUUCUUUCUAAAGCAUUUUAAGACAAUCACAUGACCGAUGCUGGAUAUCUAGCUUUAUUUAAUAUUUCAGCCAGGUUUGCUUUGCACUGCUGGGACAGUGCUUUUCCCCAUACAUCAAGUUAUAAGUACAGUAUGAAGGGGUAUUACCCUUUUUACUGUGUACAUAAGACAGUGGCAUAGUGGGAUUGUGCAAUAAUGUCUUUCCCAUUGUUCUCAAUGUGUUGGACUUUUGCUGCCAUGUAUUACAGUUAAUAUUUUCAUAAGCACUCCAGCAUAGUCAACCUCGCAGCACAGCAAAAUAAUGUUAUUUAGAAUAUAACGUACCAAAUACACAGCCAACUACGCCACAGGUCAGCUACCAGCUGACAUGGCCAGAUGACACUUACAGAUUGUAACAAAGUGCAAUACUUUGUGUGUUAAAGUCAGAGAAUGUUAGACAUGCUGAUUUCGAGAGAUUCAGUGUACUUUAUAGUUUUUGCAGGCCUGGAAUCUGUCCGGGGAGCAGUCCUGGAGAUCUGCACUUACAUUUCCGUUUAGAGUUACUCAGGGAGAUAGCUGGGCUCUCUGUCCUACAGUGUCUGCAGUUAGUCUAGCUAGCAAGACACCUUGCACCAACAUAGAAGACCUUAAAACCUUGAUCACUGUGUACAGUACAUGUUCUAGUGAAUGUUUGAUUACAGAAGUAUCAAAGAUUUUACCCCUGUCUAAUAUCAUUAUUGCAAGACUUUUUCAAGUUUGAGUACUAGAUAAAAUAGGAUAUUAAAAAAAUAUAUAUAGUAAAAUAAAUAUAAAAGAUGGAUUAUAAUCUCUGAAUCUUGUGUUGGUUUUGUUGUGAUCUUUUUGUUUCUUAAUUUUUAUCCUUAUAUGUACUGUUUGGGUUUUUUUUCUUAUCAGUUUAGUGUCCUUUUUGUCUUGGAGAGAUGUAAUUCUAUUUUUUUUAAAAGAGCAUUUUUAAAGAUGUCUCCCUAAAAGUUUCUCUUUUGUCAUGAUCCUUCUGUUUAUGAUAUUUUCACUCUAUUUUAAGAUUAUUAUUAUUAAAUCAAUAUAGAUUUUAAUAAGAAAUAAUUUAUGAUAUGUCAUGGAUAUAAAGCCCAAGAGGUUUUAACACAGUAAAGUGUUAUUGCACAAUGGUGAUACAAUAUGUGGAUUUAAGAAUGUAAUAAAAGUC